AGCCGGAUAAACCGUUACACGUACUGCCUGCUUACCUACCAAUAAGCUGUCUAAUAGCUUAAUUACAGGUUAACGAACCAAGGAACCGACCGCUAGGGUGCUAUAUAUAAGCUGACUUGUAACGACAGACGAUCAGAAUCAACCGUGAUUUUGAAAAAUCAAGACAAGUUGCUCUGUGCUGUCCGAGUGUGAGGAAUUUAUAAAGUUACAGUGCAAGGUACAGGGCGUCUCUGCUGCAAUGCUUCGACGACACUGUGUAAUUAUUUUUCUCCUUCUGAGCUAUUGCUUUGCAAGACCGGGAAAUAUCUUAAACGAAAUAGACGAUCUUUACGCAGGUAUGUGUAGAAUACCUUGAAUACCUUCUCAGUCAAGUCGCAAUUACUGUGACGGGCAAAAGGUGAACGACAGGCUUAAUAAUCUCUCGGAAGAGAGGAAUCCCUUGGCAAUUUUAUAUCCUCCGAGAAAAUUCAAAAACAAUUGAAAGGUUGAUUUGCAUUAUAGGCUUUGAUUAUAACUGUCUUUCAAAGUAGAGCGGUCAGACAAGUUAACGGCCCGACAAUGGACUCGUGCUUACUAUCAUUCUAGCAAUAUAAGCACUAUUCUUAGUAUUCUAUCAAUUUUAUUUAGGCCUGAGGAGCAAACGUCUAACUUUAAGUCACAGGGGAAAAACCUAAUGCCGUAUGAACAAGAACGAUAGAGUUUUGCUCAUUAGCAUUGAAAAUCCUAAGUUAAACAUUAGCCUGAGUAUCAGGUUUUCCUCUUUAGGGGUUACUGGAGAAAAGACCAGAUGGGGCAGGGUGGAAGAAAGACAGGGGUACCAGAGAGAGGAGAUUCUCCCUCCGCUGUCUUCCUAGUCUCCUAUAAACCUUCGCAGCAGUUUUUUGGGGUGUCACGCAACGUUGAGGCGAGCGUUGGGUACCUUUUCACAGGCUCUUUUCAUUUGUCUUUCCCCUCUUUCCCCAAGAAACGCCUGAUACUCAGGCUAGUUGGAAAUCGAGUUGUAGUUGGUCAUCCUAUGUUGGCAUUGAGCUCGAUGGCACGCAUUGCCCUAACGGCUUUUGUAUUGCUGACUGCCGUUAUGGUUUUUAGGGUCUUGAAUCUCAAACAGGGUCAGAUACAAUUUCACUAUUUAUAAACGUCUCUGAGCAGGAAGUCUUUUUGGAAAGAAAGUCUUUAAAAAAGAGUGAAGGCUGGUGAUGAGCGGUCUACAUGUGUGGUAGAAACAAAAAAAAAUUAAUGUCAUGAUUCUAAUCAAGUAAAAAAUAACUAAAUUGGAACGUGAAACGAAAUGAACGAUUUUUGGCUUAAACAGGGUCAAUGCCAGUUUGCGUGUUGUAUUCCCCUGAUCUGAGUGUGCCCCCGCGCCGCCUCCCUGCGGCACUGAAUUAAUAAUCAUUAUAACACUAUCACUAUUAACAAGGGAGAAUGAUGCCGCCCAGAGUUCAUUAAAAUGUAAAUUUUGUGUAACUUAGGAGCGUGUUUGUCAUGUUUCAGAAAUGAAUGACCUUGUCAGUGACGAUUAUGCACCGUCAAAACAGGACGGUUUUGGAACAGAAGGUAAUUAAAUUAACUAAACUGUUUUAAAAAACAGUUCUUCAGUACUUACUUGUACAAAGGGGCGGGAAAUAUCCUUCCGGGCAUGUGCAGUCGAAACUUUCGUCUGGGCCAUUACUACACGUGCCAUUGUUGAGACAUGGAUUGGGAAUGCAUGGAUCUUCAGUGGCUGUAAGUCAUUAAAGGUUAGAAUUCAAUCUCAGCUAAUCGGCCGCCUCUUGUCCUUAAGGGUAGGAAGCGCCUUGCAAAGUUGGAGUUAAUUGAUCUUUUUUAUACCAAGCGACCAAAACGUAUUUCGCCUUUUGGCCUCGGGUUGAAGUAACAACCUUUUAAAUACUACACAAAACAUCCACGCCCAGGUACUGAGCAAUAACGCAAAUGGGACUAGAACCGGCUCUAUUUUCAAAGUGCCAAGGACUCAGUUUAUGUGACGGUAUGUUAACAAAGGCGACAUAAUUAGGACUUGUCUUAUAUCUGGACUCAUGAAGGCCACUAGUUAUUCAGUUGAGGUACUGUCUCUUGUUACCCUCGUUAAAUAAAGUUGAUUAUUAUUAUUAUUAUUAUUAUUAUUAUUAUUAUUAUUAUUAUAAAUGGCUGUUAAGAAGAAGAAGAAGAAGAAAAUAAAGAAUGAAUUCAAGACGAAAAAACAUGCGAAAAAAAUCAUUUCGAGUCGUAUAUCGUAUUAUUGUUUGGACAUGUUGAUUGUCUCGAGUCCUGACAUAUCAUAUGAUAAGCAGGCAGUAUGAUGUAAGGGACGGACCAUUAGAAAAGUGAUGUGGGGGGUGGGGAAAAAACCAUGCAAAGAAGAAGGUAAGGAAAAAAAAUUCAUGCAGAAGGGAGGUCCAAUUGUCACUUUUUCAGAAAGUCUGAAUUUUUGGCAUGAGGUAUUCAAAGAAUCCGACUUAAAAAUGUCCGGGUGACACUCAUCCGUUGCGUCUGUUGGGUUUAGCUUAGAAGUUAGUCUAUUCAUUUAAAUUUGGUCAAACGUGAAGGCCAGUUUGUUACUCGUUGUUUUAUAAGAAUUAAAAAUUAACCUCACUUUUGGCAGUUUUAGAUCCAUUUCUAGCCAUUUCAGAAGACUUCAAUUUCAAGUUUUCCCGGGGGAGCAUGCCCCCUUACUCCCCUAGUUGGCUCACACUAACGCGUUCGCAUUACCCCCCCCCCACUUGAAAAUCCGCUCCGCGGGCCCUGGGUAAAAGUCGUGUGUUGCCUACCGACCCCCUUUUUUACACUAAAAAUGCACAGGGAAGCCGUCCACUCCAAGUGGCUUGGUCCUCUCUCACUGUGUGUACAUUUUCGAAAAGAUUUUGCAUUAAAGUGGCCUGUAUCCUUUGAUAUGUUGUGAGUGUAGAAUAAUUUAUAAAGCACAAAAACAUAGAUAAUGAAUCAAGAUUUCACUGUUCAAAAAAAAGCAAUAUUUGUCUGAAAAAAAAUUCGUGCAGAUGGGUUCACCUAAAAAAAAAUUCCUGCACAAGCAGUGAGCGAAAAAAAAAAAUUCGUGCAAGCUGAAAAUUCCCCCCCCCCCAUCACUUUUCUAAUGGUCCGUCCCUGACGACUUGAGCGUGUGUUGGUAUAUUAGGGUGGAUAGCCUCAGAACAGGACCGAGGUGUUUCUUGGGAAUGUUUUGAGUCUCGUUCAUUUUAUUUCCUUUUAUUGCCUUCAAAAAUUUCCACAAUGCUUUUCAGCAAGUUAUGUACACUCCUUAGUGUAUUCUAACACUUCCGUUUCUUCUUGCUACCGAUAAUAAAUAAAAAAAUUUUCGUUUGAUAAUGACUGCAUGCUUUCGUCAUAACGUACUCGUGCUAUUUUCUUUUUUUCUUUUUUUAAUCUGUUUUCCUCUUCCCAAAGUGUAUGCUUACUUACCAUUGCACUUAAAGCCGUCUCCUCUGAAUCCUUCAUUACAAACACAGCGGCCAUGAUUACAAAACGCAUUCACAUCACACUUGAGACACAAAUUAUCUGUUGGAUUGCAUUCAAGUGGGUCAAAAAAUUCAUAAGCAAAAAGGACCUGGGACCGAUGGAAUAAACCUUAACUUCGGACUUUGUACGUCUGACGUUUAGCCCUACCAAACUCUUUAUUCUAACCUCAAAAGUUAGCAGUUUUUUCAAGCUAUUUGCUAUCUUUUUCAGAAGCGAUGUCUUCGCAUCUAGCUAAAGCAAUUAUGGCCCAGUUCUGUUAUUCAAGACUAAAAAACUGUGCCCUGUUGUCUGUUGCUACGGAUGGCAACGGGACAGACAAUUGAAAAAUUGGAUUGAAAAUAGAAAAAUUUUAAUGCUUCGCUAAACAAAAUCACCAAACAACUAUGGUUAUUCUUCGUAACUCUACAGGACCUUACCGGAAUAAGAAAUAACGUCAUCACUUAGAAUUGAUCUAAAACGGCAAUAUUCCCUUGAAAUAACUCCUUGAAGUCUGAAGUUCUGUUUUAUUCAACUGGGAUCCCUGUGGCUAUCAAUUCUAGCAUAACAAAAGCCACCAAAAGAUCCUAUCGUCAUCGAAAAAUUAGAGAGGAAAAGACUCCAAAAUUAUUAAUGCUAAUAACUUAUACUUGUCACCUUUGCAAGUGUAACAAUAAACACAUUUAUUAAUCUACUCCUUCUUCGUAACCAUAAGAAGCUUUGAAUUCCUUAUUGUAUAUUAAAAAGUGUGUUUGUUCAUUCUAACUCACCAAGUUCUAUCCGAAUUUAUACAAUAACAUACCUUCGCAUUUUUGUCCUGAAUAUUCCGGAGGACAUAAGCAGUAGUAGUGCAGAUAGCCAAUGUUCCAGUCUUUAGGAAAUCCAGUGUACUUGCUGUAAGAGUCGAUACAGGACCCUCCAUGUAAACAUGGGUUUGUUACACACGGGUUUGGAACUGUCCAGAGAGAAGACAAAAUUAUUAAUUCAUAAAGCUCUUAGAGUUGAAUGCAUGAAUGGAUGAAUGACUUAAUGGAUGGAUGAAUUUAUGAGUGAAUGAAUGAAUGAACAAAUCAAUGAAUGAACAAACGAACGAACAAACUUUAAUUGUCAAUGAGUGUCUAAUAUUUCAAGCUGUUUAAAAACUUAUCGGGGAGACUAAAAUAAAAUUAAAAAUUCGCCCUGAAAUAGUACUACAAAUUAUACUAAGAUAAAUUUUAAGAUUGACAUCAACCACAGGAUAUUUUCAGGACACCAAAAUAGCCGCCAUUUCAUUGUUUUAAGACACCAAAAUGGUGGACGCGACGUCAUGUGUAAACAUUGUAUGUAAUGAACUCAUAAAAUAUACAUGAAUUUGAAUAUGAUGGCACGGAGUCAUCAAAACAUCAUUUAACAUUACUUAUCGCUGAUUUUUAAUAUUUUAAAUUGUCUUUCUAAAACCUCUGUUAUGAAAGCAACGAAAAAAAUAAACAAAAACAAAAACAAAAUAAAACAACAAACAACAAACAACAUCAACAAGCGCUGAAAACUGACACGUUGCCGAGAAGUAGGGCGCUUAUGUUUUACUGUGUAGUUCUUAAAUAUCCUUCCCAUGACUUUCGGAUGUCUAUAAAAUGUUUUUCGAUGAGUCCUUGGUUGUUCCCUUGUCAACGUUAUGUGCUGAGUUUCAACUGAAGAAUUUAAACAACAAGAGGGAGUCAGAAUUAAAGCAUGAUACUGUACAUACUUUCACACUUGUCUCCUUUAAAAAGCAAUGAGCAAAUGCAAUGAUAAGUCCAGCGAUAUCCAUCUUCUUUCCUUGAAACACAUUUCCCACCGUUUAGACAAGGGUUAGACUCACACACGUGCACUGAAAGGAAGAACGAGGUUAACGUAUGGCAAAUGUUCUUCUCUGGGAGCAUGGUCAAAGCCACUUGUGGAUGGCUAAGCAAUGAAUAUGUAGUCCAAAGAGCGACUAUUUGCUGUGUCAGACUUCACUAUACCUCGCUGACUAUCAUAUGAUUACAGUAUGCAGUUGGUGGGUGUAAUUAUCAUAUUGAUAUUUUUUGGCGAACCUGCAGAAGGACAGUGCGUAGAGCGUCCGAUCUAGAGCCUAGAGGUUCGUGAGUUCCAUUCUCACAUGGAGCUCGGUGUUUUUUUGGUUUGUUCGUUUACUAGCUUUCUUGUGAUAGAUUUCUCUUUCAUUUAAAGUACACAGUUGCAGUGGAAAUUAAAAUUUCAGGGUUUACUGUUUAAGCCGGCUAUAUUAAUGCCCUGUGCGUCGAAAGAAAACCGUAAUCUAAACUAACCUUUGCAGUGCGGAAGCAUGUAUCCAUGUGGGCAAAGGCAGUUAAACCUCGGAUCAUCCUCCACGCAUUUCCCGCCAUUUUUGCAAGGAUUUGAGUAGCACACUCUCUUUUCUACGUAAAAAAAUAUAAUAAUAAAAAAAUGAAUUUCAGUUUUCGAGAGCUACUGGCUUAUGCCUUCGUCCCAUACCUCUGUCUACAUGAUAUGAUAGUAUUUACUAUAAUUUUCACUUUGUUAAAGGAGCUAUUCAUUUUGCUUUCUUGUCAGAAAGCUAAAGCGUGUCGUCGCAUCUUUUGAGUGGCAAAAAUACUGAUCCAGUUGUGGUUUUCAAGAUUACAUUAGGCAUUCUGUCAGGUAUUGAUACUGUUUAUGGCCUUCGUCUGUUGCUAAAGAAGGCAAUGAUGCAAGUGGGUUAAAAUAUUUAGGAUAUUUUUUCAAGUUUCAUUGCAUGUCUCCAUAAAUCACCAAAAGUUUUUAAUUGAUGUUUUAUUUUCUCCAUACACUACAUGAGCAUUUUCAUUUGUAUGGAUAAAGGCAGUGAGUGAUGAAAGAAUUGAUUUAAAAGCUCGAUAUCCUGGCGUAGCCCCUUUCAGGACGACCUCGUUAUAGUAACUUACGUUCACAAAGUUUCCCCUUAUAUUGCUCGUGACAGAUGCAUUCGUGAAAUCCCAUUCGCUGUUGGCAGGAGCCCCCGUUUUGACAUGGGUUUGGAUCGCAGUAGUCAAGAUCUAUUGCGUAAAACGUAAAUAAGUAUUUAGACACGUAUUUGCAAUUUGAGGGUGGACAACAUGACAUAAAAGGUAAGAGACAAACAAUAAUUUUAUGCGAAUUUCUACGGUGCCGUGGAUUUCGGAUUCCAGCACUGUAUUGCAGAUUCUUUGACAGUGGAACUUGGAUUUCGGAUUCCAAGAUUCGGAUUCCACGAGCAAAAAUUUAUCGGAUUCCGGAAAUCUGGAUUCUUUUAUAUGAGGUGAAAUGACACUAAGUUGACAGAGUAAGGAUGCAAGGAUAGAGAAAAAAUAUCUGAGUGAUCUAACUUUCACAAGCUUUUCCAAUGAAUCCUGGUCGACAAUAACACCUGUAACUGGUCGAGGUUUCCACACAUUGGCCAUCAUUCUUGCAUGGGUUUGGUCUGCAAAGGUUCUUGUCUAGAACAAAAAAGCGAGAAAGAUUUACGUAUUGAUAACUGUAAAUUUACUAUAAAAUUUAGCUAUUUGAAUCGCAGAAUCGUUGUACAUUUCAACCAGGCUUAGAAAUGUACGCCUCAGUUAACAGGAAUCCCUUUUUAACUCCCUUAAUCUCUCUGUGUACUCCUUUCCACUGCUUCAAAUGAGACUCGAAGCUCUCCUCUGUCCUCUGCACAGAUUCCAUCAGAUAGAUGUCCUUAACCAGAUAAGGAUUCCAUACGGGGCAAGCAUACUCUAAAAACGGUCUUACUUGAACCUUAAAAGCUGUGGCUAUACCGACCGGAUUCCGAGACCCAAAGGUUCUCCUUAUCAGACCUAGCACCUUGUUGGUUUAGGCACAAAUGGUACUGAUAUGGUAAGACCAGGAUAAGGAUGACUCGAGCCAAACCCCCAGAUGUUUGUGAUGGCCAACUAAUGGUAGCAAUGUGUUAUCCAGAAAAUACUGAUGGUGCAUGAGAUCUUUCUUCAUGGAUACAUGAAACGCUUUACAUUUCUCAGCCUUAAGAGUUAAAAACCAUGUGUUACUCCAAUCUGAGGCCGAUCUUAAAUCCUCUUUAGACUGUUCGCAGCUCCUUAUCGAUGUUAUAUGUCUAUAAAGGACAGUUUCACCGCAAAUAUUUCUGAAUUACAGGUAAAGGGAAGCGGGUAGCUCAUUAAUGUAAAUGUGUACAUUAUUUCGGUUUCUGUUACCUUCGCAAUUGUAGCCCAGAUAUCCAUCUUUACAUUGACAUUGAUAAUUAUUUUCCUUCUCUUCGCAUACGCCUCCAUUUUGACAUGGACUUGAUGAGCAGUAUAAUUUGGCUGCAAACGGAUGAGAAAGGAUAAACGCGGCAAACAAAGUUGAAGAUUCAUGUGGUCCUUUCCAAAUUAGUAACAUCAGUUUAGGAAGGGGAGGAGUCGCUUUGCUGACUGUACUUUCAUUUGACUGCAAUUUUAAUUACAUAAGAAACUGUCCUACGUUAACUUAACGUAUAAAACGUUCUUGAACUAUGUUUCAGUAUACUGAAAAUAAGGAGGAAUUAAUUUCAUGUUCAGUGUAGGUCUUGUUGGCUUUGCGCUUGACGAUUGAACUUCGUCACCUGACGCUAUGCAAAUUUACGAUUAAAGUCUUUGAUUGGUUUGAAGCCACACACAUGUAAGAAAAUUUCCAGAAUGUACAUUUUCAAGUACUUACCAUCGCAAAACCGUCCAUGAUAGUCCUUCGAACAUAGACAAUGGUAACCAAAUUGACUGGCCAAUGGGAGACCACCGUUCAAGCAUGGAUUUACUGUAAAUAUACAAUACAAUUUAAUUGCAAGUGUAGUCGAAAUUGGCAAAUUAAACUGCAGCUGUUGCUAUGGGGAUAAUCAUACAGCAUUUAUUUACACCUUGGCUUGUUCCUUUCUCGUUUCGUUGUACUUGUUAUAAGACUAGAAGAUAGUCUUCGCUUCAGUUCUUUGAUUUUAAGUGCGUAGUAAGCGCUAAGAAAAUUAAACUAAAAGCACCGAGUGACGGUGAAAUAUUGCAUGCUCAUAAGUCUAUACUCUAAGCUUAUUUUUGAUGUCACCAUUUUUUGUACUCACCUGGAUCAUACACCUGAACAUCCGUAACAGUGUAAUCCGGCUUUGGCUUGUAAGGAACAUAAUAUGGUUGGGGAAUAUGCUGAUAUUUUGGGACUUCAACAGGUACAGGCACUCUUCUAUAAUGAUGAAUAUGCAGUGGACUAGGUAUAAACCUUACAGGAUCUAUGACAGGGUCAAGAAGGCGCACCGGAUGAAAAGGGUAUGGGUGAGGAAUCCUUAAGGCAUCGACAGUAUUUGGUAUUAUGAUAACCCUUCUAUAUGCUGGCCCCGCGUUGUCUUUGUUCGUAAUAAAUUCUUCCUUAAUUGGCUUGUCGUGAAAAAUGUCGAAGAGUGAUUCUUCAGGAUUAUCAACAUCCGCUGACUGUGUCUGUCGCUUCGUCGGAAGAUUAUCUACAACAACCGCGCUCUCCUCAUGAGUCCAGGAUGAGGUGUUGCUCUUAAGCGAUUGUGAAGUGUUAAAAGUGGGUUGACCAAUUAACUCCAUUUGUGAAGUUGAUUGUUCAUUGAUCUUUCUUGGCUUGAAUCGCAGUCCAAUCACCGUUACAGCUACGUAGCAUAUUACCACCAAAGCCAAAACAUCCUUCGAAUGUAGACGCAACAUUCUAGGAAAUAUUAUAAUAAUCCACGCAUUUUUUAAAGAUUUGAAAUCGGAUUGGUCACCGAUGUGAAUAAAAUAUUCACUUAGUAAAAGAAAAAGAUUUAUGGUGUCAAUAAUUUAUUGCAUGACUUUUCCGGGUUGCUAACUUGGCUUAGUUUUUCUUCCCUGACAAGACAGGGAUCGCAUUGAGAAAAUAUUGGCGCGUGAUAAAUAGAAUGUUAAUCUAUUACGUCAAUUACAAAAUUGAUUGUACCAUCACCUUUGAUUAUGAAAACUCUGUGGACACUUCCAGAGACUUAUCCACUUCUUUUAUCUCGAAACUGAGCCCAUAAAUCUACGCUCCUAACUAUAUUUCCACCUGCUUGUACUGAAGACACCAGUUAGAUAAGAAAGUGCAAUUUUAGAGUAAUUUUAAAAACCUGAUAUUUUAUUUGACUGAAGAGUGGCCUUAUUUCACCGUGCCUAAUUAUAACAAACAUAAAGAAUUUACAGUAGAUGGUCAGUAUUGCCUUUGAAACUAAUGUUGUCCGCCGCCGUGUCGUUAUAGGGAACUCAAGCAACGACGACGGUGACGGCAUCGAGAACGGCAAAAAAUCAACAGGUUUAGAUUGGCAAAACAACAACUUUGCACGUGCAUCACGAUUUUUUGUACAUUCUCUUGCCGUCAUUACACGACUACGACGUGAAACUGCCUAAUUUCACGUUUUGUGGAGGACGCGAACACAAGACAACGAUUUUCUUUUUGUUUUUCCUGAACUUCGAUGAGUCCUUUAAAAUGAAACUCCAGAAAAAUACGCCAACAUUCUUCGAAUCGACGUAAAAGGAAUAAAUGCGAUGAAGUUUGAAGCAGCGCUAAUUCACUUUUUAAGUGACGUUUUUGUAAUCGUCGCCGUCUUUGUUGCUUAAGCUCUCUAUUGGCAAGGCAACGCAGUACUUCACCUUGUGAUGCGUUUUGUAUGCGCGCACCUGUCAUGUGUAAUAUGGCCUGCCUCUGUGCACAAAAUUUAAAGGGGCUAGGUCAGGCUAUUUGCUAUCUUUAUAAAAAGCUGAAACGUGUCUUCGCAUCAAUUGACUUCCUUAAAUAAUGGUCAGGUUUUGUUAAUUCUUCUGAGCUAUCGCACAAGAAACCAUUGACUACAAACUGUGAAAUCCGGCUUCUCGAAGUCAUUUCUUAGGAUGAAUUAAUCAAAUUACUUCCUACAAAAGUUGCUACGGGUUACCAUGGAAUAAGUGCUAAUAAGCUCAGCUCUCCGGCUGUUCUUCAGUCUUAAUUGUAGUAUUCAUUCUGGUGACUGCCUCUCUUCCCUCAUGAACCUAGCACAAGUUUACUUAGAGACCAGCCUCUGAUCCGAACAAGUUUCGUUCAAUUUCUGUUUUUCCAAUUAUUUGUAAGCUACUUGAAAAAAAAGUAUAUACCCAUUUAACGCUGGAUCUUCGCUCGUUUAAUCUUGUUUUUCUUUUUCUUUUUCUACGCACUCUGCAAUUUUACCACACUAAUCUACUUAGUCGAGAAAAAUCACCUGUUUAGUUUACUUUUUUGUCAAGAUAUGUUCUCUAAAUUUUAUAUAUUGCAAUUUUAGUACAUACUGGUACUUUUUAAUCCAAUUUUAGCUUUUAUAUUGUCUAAAACAUAUCAAUUUUAAUCAUUUUAAUUCUUAAUCAUGUAAAGUUAGUUCUUUUAAUUUUACACACUACCACAUCAGCGUAGCUGUAAUUUUAUCGUGUUUAAAUAAAUGCUGUUAAUUAUUUAUUUUACUCACUUAGUAAAAGCGACUGAUAACUGGCCUGAGACAAGGCCUUAAGGCUUAUACACUAGCGCAAUUUUUUUUUUAAUCUACGUAAGGCCUUUGGUGUUGUAAAUCAUGACCUGUUAAUCUUCAGACUACAAAUGUAUGGUUGCUCUUCUUCAGCACCACUUUUGUUCAAAAGCUAUCUAGCAGACCGUUGGUAGGGUGUGAACCUUGCAGGUACUUUAUCUGAUACCGACGUUUUGUGUUCUGGUGGUGUUCCUCAGGACUUAUUUUGAUCGCUGUCCUCUUCCUCUUAUUAAUAAUCAACGACCUGCUCUCAACCUGAAAAAAUACAAGUGCCCUAUUUGCUGAUAAUGCUUCUUGGCAUGCUAUUCUAGGACCACAAUUCUGACUGAUUUUCAGUGUAAAUCAUUGUAUGACUGGGUGGUGCAUCUGAUUGGUUCAACUAAUCAGGAGCACCACCCGCCCAGUACUGGGUAGUGAUGCGUCAUCAAAGUGGAAUUUCUGUGCUCGAUCCUCAGACGUCAUUUCGGGGAAAACCAGUGGUGGAGUCAAGAAAUGUCGGCUGUUUUUACAUGCUAGAAUUUCUUUAUUUUCCCUUUAUUUUGGUUUAAAUGGUAAACGCUCGAGCUUACUAAUCAUCUUCUGACAUAAACGUAUAAACGUAUUUAUUUUUUAAAUCUGAGUGCAUAUCAACAACAAGGGCAACAACAUUUUGAGCAUCAAUUUUCAUAUAUAUAUAUAUUUUCCUUUAGAAGGCUGGAAAAGAGACAGUAUCAUUGAAAAUGAUCCUGAAAUACAAGAAAUUGCAGACAGAGGUGAGUUUCACACUCUGUGUAUUUUAAAGAGAUGGAUGAACAGAUAAUCAUCCUAAAGAGAUUUUAAAUUCUAAUAAUACUUUUAGACAACACCCAGACUCUUCAAAAUAGAUGUGAUUUAAUUAGGUUUAACAAUUCUUACCUAAUAAUUAGGCCGUGCAGGGUACCAAAUUUUGUUCUCUUUGUAAAAAUUAUUAUUAUGGCUAGUUUUUCUUAUCUUUUAUUUCAGUUUUUCUUCUAGUCCACUUCACCUCCCGCCUCGAUUAGCUUUCUUUUUCUAUUUCAGUGUACUUUAAUUUAUUACUUGAAAUCUUUUCAAGUGAAAUAAAAUAGUAGUAGUAGUAGUUGUUGUAGUAGUAGUAGUAAUAGUAGUAGUAGUAGUAGUAGUAGUAGUAGUAGUAGUAGUAGUAGUAGUAGUAGUAGUAGUAGUAGUAGUAGUAGUAGUAGUAGUAGUAGUAGUAGUAGUAGUAGUAGUAGUAGUAGUAGUAGUAGUAGUAGUAGUAGUAGUAGUAGUAGUAGUAGUAGUAGUAGUAGUAGUAGUAGUAGUAGUAGUAGUGAGAACAUCUUCAGCAAUAAGCGGUUUUAGUUACAUAGUUACCUGGUGAAUACAUGGAAGGAGAGUAGGGGUAGUAUAAGAAUUAUCUGCUCUUUCCCUCCUCAAAAGAGUUUCAACUUAUACCAAUUAAUUAUCUCGUCAACAGAUUACGAUUCUACAAUGGGACGCAUUAUCGCCGUAAACCUUGCUCACUGGCGGAAGCGUCAGCAAAAAAGAACGCAACAACGUGCCCAGAAUGACAACCUAGAGUACCCAGGAAACGUGGAGGAGAACAUAGAAAUGGCCAAUGAAGGUUACACCAGUUAGAUUAAUAAUAAUAAUGAAAAUGAUGAUAAUUAUGAUGAUGAUGAUGAUGAUGAUGAUGAUAGCGAUAAAUUAAAUAAUUUACCUACUACAGAGUCAGUGAAUCCCUAGAUGUCAUCAAGACACUUGAGAGGAAUACUGUCUGCUCCCCCACUUAUUCAUAGAGGAAACCCCCAUUAGUAUACCACCGUAUCAUUAUACCACCGUAAUACUGCUUUAGGGUAGUUUUUACAAUUUCAAUAACUACAGGAAUGCUCUUGUUAACCAUUAUGAAGAGUAUUUGACAGUUCAUGACUUAAGUCAAAGAUUUUGUGAUAAGUGACACAAAUGAACUAUGACCAAAAGCACGCUGACCAAACAAUCUUGUAUCAGAUACUUCAUGUAUUAAGCUGAUCUGUAAAAAAUGGUUGGAUAUGUUUAGCGAAGCAUGCAUGCAACACAAAAACUAAUUUCGACACCAUCACACUUUCUAGUAAAGCACUGAAGUCUCGCCACUGUUUUUUUUUUCCUCAGAAAAUGGCUUCUUAUUUUAUCAAGGGGACAUGAUACUCGAUUGUGAGCUCUAUGAAACACUUAACCCUGGAAAACGAUGCAAGCAAGGAGAUGGAGCGAUGACAAGAACAAAGAGAAACGCUGUUAAAGAGCGAAAGCUACUGUGGACGUCAAGGGUCAUUCCAUACUAUGUCCCCCCUCAUAUGUGUGAGUGAAGUAUAAAUUUAAAUUUGUUUAGUUUGUCAAUUAAUUGCUUUCAAACUGUUAGAGUUACUUGUAAAUAAGAAAAUCACAUCUUCAUAUCAACAGACACUGCGAAAUUAUUUCAAGUGCGUUAUAACUUCAAAUUACAAACUUGACAGAGAUUUUCAAUAACUCCCCAAUUUCAAACCGUUUUUAAUUUAAGUGCAAACGAACUCAACGACUCCCGAAAUUGUCGGGUCAACAAUUUUGGGAGUUGUUGCGUCCGUUUGCACGUACCUUAAAAGCCUGAUUCUUACUAGUGACGCAAGCACAAGAACAAUGUUCUCACUUGCGAUAAUCAUGUGCAGCAGGUGACGGAAUGCGCAAGCUGCAAAAUGUAAUGUGUUGGUGUAAAGAUAUCAUGAACAAGAUACUUUAUAUGUGACGAGAUAAACGGAUAGGGGAACACAACUUUUUGAUACCGAGUGUGACAAGAUGGCGGGCACCAAAGACUAAAAACAUGGACCCAGUCCCUUCGCAUAAAGCUAGGCAUACUAUGAUAGUUCGCGCCGCUAAUACUAGGUUAGGGUAUUCGGAGAAUAGAUUAGCAAGCACAAUGAAUGUCUUUUUGUGUUUUAGCUCAUAUUAAUAGCAACCUCAUGGAAACCAUAAAUAACAUCGAGAAGGUUUCAUGUCUACGAUUUAUACGUUUACCGCAUGCUGGACAAAGGAAUUACAUCGAAUUUGACAACACUGAUGGGUAUGUCAUUUCUUUCGCAAGUCAUUUGUGUACAAUAAAAUUCCUGUGCACAAAUGGUGGUAAUAUGGGUAAUAUGGGUAAUGUAUGGGUAGUAGCAUGGUUAGUAGUGAUAUUUGGCAUAAAUACCACGAGUGAUAUUUCAAACUUGUUAUACGCAAUUUCACGAACCGUUAGGUGAGUGAAAUUUGAGACAAUUUUGAAAUAUCACGAGUGGUAUUUAUGCCAAAUAUCAUGUACGAAUCAUGCUAUUAUUUGUUUGUACUACUUCUGGCAAACGUUUUGUAAUUUUCACAUGUAGAUAUUUCAAAUUAAGCUGACAUACCACUGCUCUAAGCCAAUCAAAUUGCAAAAAUUUCUCAUGUAGUACAAGAAUAUAAAUGGCCUGCUUUAUCGUUGUCUCAUGAUCGUCUGUUUGACAUUGAUCGCGACGCUUUGUCGGGUUUGUCCUUCAUCAAGCGAUGGAGUCGAAUCUGCUUGACAUGAUUUGAAAUUACAAGCUAUCCUUUAUUAAUAACAGCCACCGCAGAGCCAAUCAACACUUCUGCUAGACUAUUAGACCAGCGGUCCGGUACGGGUUCAAAACGCGGCCGCUAUAGAUUGAGAGAAAUUUAAAAGCACGCUAAAGUAAAAGACAAAACGCCUUAAAAUUUUGAUCACCCGGUACUAAAUUCUAGUACCAGGUGAUCAAAAUUUUCCUCCACUUCUCGUUUGAGAAGGUUUCUCCGGAGCUCCGCUUACCGUAUUUAUUCGAUUAACCGCCCUGGGCGCUUAUCAAAUUUUUGGACCUUGAGAGUGAGCGCUUAUUCGAGGUGGGCCCUUUUACGAGGCUGGGCGCUUAUUAAAUUUUCACCAUUUUCAGCAAAUGAAGUACGUUUAUUUUGCAACAAAACAAUAAAUUCUAAUAACAAAACGCGAAGGAGUAACAAAGUAAGGUUUCUGCAAAAUACUCUGAAGAAAACUCCGUCCUCGGGGAAGUCUCUUAUUAGAAUAUAUUCACUCAAGUGGGUGGGGUGGGGGUGAGCGCUUAUUUCAGUUUGAUUGGGAAGAGGAGGGGUGGGCGCUUAUUCAAGGCUGGGCGCUUAUUAACUUUUUCUGCCUUUAGGAUGGGCGCUUAUUCGAGGUGGGCGCUAAUUCGAGUUUGGGCAACUAUUCGAAUAAAUACGGUAUUCAAAGAAAUAUGGUUUGGGUAUUUUUUUCUUCAUGUUAUUCCUAAUUUAAGAUUUCGUCAAUUUAAAUAUAUGUCGUUUGCCUUAGGUCAGUGUGGCUGAAUGUCUCUGUUAUCAAAGUGAUUAAUUUUGCGAUAAACAAGCAAAGUAACCAUGCAUUUGUACACUUUACCACAAAAAUCUUAUCUGGUAAUGUGGAUAACAGAACAAACAAACUUUUAUUUCUUUAUAUAAAGAUGCUCCUCUAGGGUUGGCAUACGAUACGCCAAAGCUGCUCGUCAGAUAGUUUCUAUCGGCCAAGGAUGUAACCAUGUGGGAACCAUUACACACGAACUCAUGCAUGCUUUAGGUAAGAAACUCACUCUUUGAGUGACAUCACGGAAUGAAAGUUCAGCGUUUGGAAGUAUGAAUACCUAAAGUGCGACAACCGAAUUGUACGGUGAUAUUGGCCAUGUUCAAAACGAGCGGGAACUGGUACGACUUAUGACCGCAAAGGCGAUGAGGAUCGUUCGGAGGAACAGUAAAGACAUGUCGCACAACAGUGAGACACCUGUUGAAUACCUACUCAGGUUUAUUCUGAAGAGACAUACCUGGUGCAUCAGGGUAGUGAAGAUUAGUCUCAUUUCCGAAACACAACACUUACCAGGCUUUUUCUCCGAACGACCCCAGGGACCCCAGGUUUUCACUCGGUUAGAACAUGACGAGUUUCAGCAGUAUUUAUCUACUGCACGUUUGCUGUAAUGCUGUGCAAUUGGAUUUAAGCUUGCGUCCACAUAUGCCAAUACCCUGCCGUUUGAUCUUUUUUUAUGGAUGUAAUACAAAGUUCUGCUUCAAAUUCAAAAACUUAUGAAAUAAGCAGCCUCUGUUUCGUUUAUAAUAUAUGGGUGUUGUGUAAAAAAUAUUAAUAUCUUAUUAAAGAUUAUAAGUUUUUAAUUUCGGAAGAUUCUAACAGGGCGAGUCGAGAUUACUCUUUAAAAUCUCCACUUUUGCAAAGAUCUGACAAUGCGUUGCUGCCUUCAGGAUUUUUUCAUGAGCAAUCUCGAGACGAUAGAGACCGUUUUGUGGAGGUCAAGUGGGAGAAUAUUCUCGACGGUAAGUACUGUUCUACGUCCUAUAUUCAGCGUGCGCUGGACAGUGAGCAGGGGCAUCCAACGAGAAUAUAGUUCAAAACCACAUAAACAUAGCAUUGUUGAACGUACUUUAGUAUUUAAACGGUAGAUAAAGGAUUAUUUUAUCCCCUAAAAAUUUUUCAUCUGUUCGGAUUUCGUAGCUGAAAGUAUAGUGAUCCGAAAAUUAUAGGGAUCAAAAUUUACCUUUUCAAAAAUUUCAGCAGAAAAAAGGCUGCCGAAAAUUAUAGGUGAACUUUUUAGGGUAAAAUCCGUUAAAAAUGGGCAAUUAUACGAUUUUUUUGAAGUUCGAAAAUCCUAGGAGAGGCAGGCAAGCAAAAAAUUUUUCAGAAAAUGAUCCGAAAAUUCUAGACCUCAAAUCGUUUCCCGAACAGAUAAUUUUCCGAAAAUUGUCUUUGGGUGCCCCUGAGUGAGUAAAAAGGUAAAACAGAUUUUACAUGGGCCAAAACAGGUCCAACGACUGUCUUAUGACAAAAAAAAAAAUGGCAGAAGACUCCUACAGUAGUACUUCUGACUAUUUUAAACUAUUAGCCUACUUAGGCGAAUGAUUGAGCCUCGCAAGGGGGGUCUAACGUUUGAGUCUGUGGAUGAAAAUCCUGUGGUUUGAUCAUUCAAAUGAAACCUCUCUGGUACUGAGUACUUUUACAUAAUGCUAUAGGUUUUGCAGCAUUUAACAAAAUAAAAAAUUGGGAAUUUUUUGGGCUCCUGCUUAUGUCUACUGACCCCCAAGUAGAUACUGUUAAUAUCAAUGACAAUGUACUAAAUCUUUCUCAACCCACCCUCUAUUUAACAAUUAUUCCUCAAUAGCCCAUUCGGCCUUCGGCCUCAUGGGCUAUUGACUCAGAGGCCAUGAGGGCGAGAGGAAUAGUUGUUUUAGUAAAAUCCAACUAGUUGGUCAAAAAUAUCGAGAAGAAAAAGAUUUUAGCUAGUUAAAGCUAGACUUAAAUCCUCAAUAGUAUACUAUGUUGAAACUUAACCGUUUUGGUGCGUUCCCUUUGCGUUCCGUGUGCGUUCCCUUAAUUAAUAGGCAUAUGGGUCGUUGGUGGAUUCCCUUUGGAUUCCCGCGCAGAUAGUGGAUUCCCUUUAUUAAUAUGUAUGAGUGUCUUCCCGCAUACUAAUUUUGAUUUCCUGCAUACUAAUUAGGUGCCUUCCUCGCGAAAAAAGAGGACACCUUUAGGGCACCUACUUAAUGAAACUCAGUUCCCUUUUUCAUCGUCAACUAACUUCUUAGAGAGAAAAGAGGGGAUUUUCCCCUUUUUAUGGACAAAACUGAGUUGCUAUGGCGCAAGAACCUUACAGACGUGAUUAUACCGAUUACUUGCAAAGAAUGAGUAAGAAUGCGACAAAAUGGCCAUUUUUCAAGCAGUAAUUGAUUUCCAUCCGAGCAAUCGACAGCCAAAGUAGUAGCUUACAACUGUAUGCAUGUCUCCAUUAAAAAAACGAAGUCUCUCUUUCGCUUGGCCGUGAGAGAUCUGGAUACGAGGUAAGACGCGUCGUACGGCUUGUCGUGAGCCUACAGCGGAAGUUGCAAUGUUGAAGAUCUUUAGAGACGAACACAUAUACUCGUUGGCAUUCCAAAAGAUUUUACAAAUAAGCAAGGUCAUUCGCUGUGCGCUAGUCCACUCAGAAAAACCGUCGCAAGUCUACAUUUGAGACAAAUCUCAAAGAAAGACGAAGGAAGACGAAAACAGUCCAUAACGUCCAUUUAUAGAAACAUCACCUGCUUGAAAGACUAAAAAGCCUCGCUGACUGGACGUCACCUUAUUAACUACUACUGAAACAGGUGCUAAACGUUUUAAAACUGAAGCAUUGCGUCAAAAUGCUUAAAAUUUUAAAUAAAAAAAAAUAGAAUUAAACAAAAUCCAUCUGUAUUUUAUUAUAUUUCAAAAAUUUCGCUGGACCGUUAAAUUGAGAGGAAAAACUCGCCCUUUCAACGUUUUAGAAUGACUUAAAGUUCUAUUUUCUAUACUGAGCAUUUUGAAUUAAACAAACGGUUCUUCUCAGCAGGCAACAGCUUUUAUGUCAAGUAUGGAAAGAGAGGUAAUUGGAACUUUAUGGAAAGGACUAUAUAUUGCGGUAUUGAAUUGUUUUGUCUUCAAUACAGGUGUCGCAAAACCUUCCCCUUGCAUUGUUUUCUGGGUUGGCCUUGUUUUAAACAAAUUUGAUGCGGUGUUUCAACCCUCAAAAAUCUAUACCAACAAUAACACUGAAUUUCUGUUUGAACUCUACAUAUAACAUUAAGUCUAAGGCUUUAGUUAAUGAACCGGCUUUAUUACGCGCUACAGCAGAUGGCCGAUGUGGAAAGUAGCUAAUAAACGGAUGGGUAAUUACUGUAGCUAUCAGUUUUAACCACGACAAAUACAUGCAUGUUGUGAAAAGUAACACUAUGGCUGAACAGAAGUGCACUCUAUUUCUGGAUUUUUGUAUUACACUGGUUUCCCACAGGAGAAGUUUCUUCCUUGGUUUCUGUGUUUUAAACUUUGUAUUUUCCCUCGUGGCGACUCUAGAAAAUCUUUUAGUCAUCCGUGCCUUAAUGAAGGCUUCAACGAUACCAGCCACCGUCAAGAAGCUGUUCCUAAGUAUGGCUUUCUCUGAUCUUGCAGUUGGAUUGUGUUCGCAGCUAAUGACUGCUAUUAUCAGUGCCGUGAUGUUGAAGAUGCCAUCAAGUGAAGACGACUUAGCCUUCUUUUGUCCAACAGUUUUGGUUGUGUAUUCAUAUUUUACGUAUCUUCUCGCCUUUGCAUCUUUCCUGAAUGUUACUGUCAUUGCAUUUGAUAGACUUCUCGCUGUUUCGCUCCAUUUGCGAUAUCAGGAGCUUGUCACGCCCAUACGUGUUACAAUAGUGUUGGUAUCUUUAUCGUUAACAAGUUGCGUCGCUGCCUCCCUAUGUACUUUCCUUCCGAAAGGCAUCGAAAUGGCACUUGCCGUUAUUAUCGUUAUAGGAUGUGUUCUGACAACCUUGGCGUAUGUUCGUAUUUACAAAGUUGCCAAAUAUCAUCAGAAUCAGAUAUACAGCCAAAAUCAGCUUCAAAAUGCCCAAACAAGAGAGGCACACCGACAAAGGAAGUCCGCCUAUAAUAGCUUAUUUGUUUCUGUAGUUUUUUUAGCUUGUUAUUUUCCUUUUAUGCCUUGUGAAAUACUGUAUAUGACAAACACCUCUGAAAUUUCAUUUUUCAUGGCUCUAUUUCCCUCGAUAUUCUUGAUUUACUUGAAUUCAUCAUUAAACCCUAUUGUUUAUUGCUGGCGGUACCGAGAGAUUCGCCAAAUUGUAAAAAAGACAGUAAAGAAAAUAAUUCGCAUGAAUGAGAAUAUGAUACGGGAAUCAACCUUAAUCUCAGGACAGUUUGAACUAAAAAAUAUAUAAUGCGAAGUUUUACGAAACGAAAUUAAGUCAGAAAAUAUAACCGACGGCUUUCUUCGCCCAAAAACCAAGGAAAAGGUAAAAAGGGAAACGUUUGGCCUCUUCGACAUCGGAAUUGAUCUCUCUGGAAGGAGAAACAAAAACACACUUUUGAUCUUAAUUCCUUCUACAACUUCUUCGAAAUAGAAUUUAGCUCGAAAACCAAUGGACUGGAGGCGCAAAAAGACCAAGAGAACGACAUCUAAAACUGAAUUUCAAUUAAGCAUUUGAAGCAUUGGGUUGCAAGGCGAUUUUUCAUAAUAACUGCCCAACUAAGAUUGGUCUCUUCGCUAUUCGAUCUGCUCUCUCUGAAUUGUGAAACAACAAGAAACCUUUAGGGCACUUACUUAAAAAACUGUAUAUGUACCGAUUACUACCAAAGAAGAAGUAAAAAUGUCACAAAAUGGCGAAUUUUCAAGAUGGAAACGAUUUCCAUCUGAGCAAUCGCCAGACAAAAAAGUUGCUUACAACUGUACGUAUGUCUCGAUUUAAAAUACGAAGUCUCUCUUUCGCUUGACCGUGGAAAAUCUUGGUACGAGAUAAGACGCGUCCUACGGCGUAAGCCUAAAGCGAAAGUUGCCACGUUGAGGCUCUUUAGACUGAAGAACACAAAUACUCGUUGGCAUUUGAGAAUAAUUUCAGAUUACAUUGUCGUGAGUCCCCCAUUGAGGCUUAUCUCAAAGAAAGAAGAAGGAGGACGAGAAGAGCCCGAAAUAUUAGGUUUCGGUCCUUUUUCAGAAACCUUUUCAACUUUGAAGACUCAAACGCCUCGUCGACAACACCUUGAAACAAAAAGAUGCUAACUGAAAACGUACGUCAGAUUCCUUAUAAGUUUAAAUAAAAGUAUAGAAUUAAAUAAAAUCCAUCAUUAUUUUAUGUGUGCAUCAUUUGCUGGUAGGAUGAAUUAUUCAAGAGAAAAUAACUCGCCCUAUCAAGUUUACACCGAGCGUUGUCAUUUAAAGAAGAAGUUCUACUUAGCAGGGAACAGCCCACAUGUCAAUUAAGGACAGAGAGGUAAUUGGAACUUGAUGAAAACGGACUAUAUAUGGCGGUGUUUAAUUGUUUUGUGUUUAAUACUAAUGUCGCAAAACCGGCGUUCCCGUUGUUUUCUGAAUUGACCUUGUUUUCUACAAUUUAACUCAGUAUUUCAACCCUUAAAGUUUAUAUCAACGAUCAGACUGAAUUUCUGUUUUCACUCUACCUAUAAACAUUGCUUCUAAGGCUUUAGUUAAAGAACCGGCUAUAUGACGUUUCACAGCAUAUGGCUUAUUUGAAAGGUAGCUAAUAAACGGAGGUGUAAUCAAUAUAGAUAUUUCAUCGAAAAGAAAAACUUCAUGUAUAUAAUCUAGCAAGUUAAACCAUGGCUCAACAGUAUUGCACUCGAAUCCUGGAUUUUUUGCUACCAAUUCUCUCAUUGUUCGCCUCAGAAGAAGUUUCUUCUAUGUUUUCUGUCUUUUAAACUUUGUAUUUUCUCUCGUGGCGACUCUAGCAAAUCUUUUAAUUAUCCGCGCGUUAAUGAAGGCCUCUACGCUACCAGCCAACGUCAAGAAGAUGUUGAAUUGCAAAAAAGAGGAGAACUAGGGCGAGGCAAAGGGAAAGGGAAAUGAUACUUUUUUUCGCCUCUCCCUCUCCCCUUUUUUCCUUAUUUCGCCCUAGGGUUAACCACCACCACCAGCACCACCGCCACCACAUUUCUAUUGUUUUCCCUCCACCACCACCACCACCAGAUUUGUAUUGUUUUCUUUCCACCAUCACCACCACCACAUUUCUAUUGUUUUUCCUCCACUACCAACACAGCACCACCACCAUCACCACCGCCACAUUUCUAUUGUGUUCCCUCCACCACCACCAUACUUCUAUUGUUUUUUUCCUCCACCACCACCACCGAGUCCUUGUACAAGAGGAUAGUGGUUUUAUUGAAGAUGUAUUAGCCCCUGUUGUUUCUAGCUUAGGAUUUCUAAUGCUAUAAAAGAGGUGACGCAACAGCAAGUUGAUCAUUCGAGGCUAAGUCUGUCACGGGUACUCGUCAAAAUGAAGAGAAAGAUAGAUUUGGUUGAAGAAGAACACGAGAGUGAACAUGAAGAAAGCGAAAGUUCUGGUGAUGAAAGCGAGGAUGAAGAACCGAGAGUAACAGAAGAACCAAGAAAAAAAGAUGUUUUGAGUCAUCUUUCCCGCCCAGUGCCGGAAAAGCGAGCUUCUGAUUUGCUGCAUAGUAAGGCCACGUCCAAAGAUAUUCUUUUUCAGACUCCCAGCGCGGACAAUUACUUCGAAAUAAACGCACUAUUCCUGUCACAAACAUCGCUGAGCUAGUUGAGUAUGUGUCACUCCCUCAUAACAAUGAGGCUACUAAGCCUCGUGCGCUGAAUACGUUUCUAGAUGGACUUGCAGAGUUAGGAAUCGAUACAGAUUUAAUCAAGAACAAAAAGUUGUUAAGUGAUUUAAAAGAAAAGGAAAAAGGCUACCGAAAUGUAGAAAAUACUUCCGAUAACGAGAGUAAUAAUGAGGAGAGUUCAUCGGAUAUUGAAAAUCAGGAGGAGGAGGAGGAAGUGGCUUCUGAGAAUGGCGUUGAAGCUGAAGGCACCCACACUGUAAUUUUCAGGGAGUUAUAAUAACCCCUCUAGUGGGGCUAAUUUAACUCCUGACAGUGGAGUUAUUUUUCGUGGAGUUAUUUUAACUCCAAAAAGGAGUUUAAAGAACUCUUUUUCAGGAGUAAAAGUGACCCCAGAUAUUGAGGAGUUAAAAUAACCCCAAAAAAGGAGUUAUCCUGUACCUAAACUUUUUACUCCACUUUCAGAGUUAAAUUAACUCCAAAAAGAGUAAAAACAACCCAUGUAAGGAGUACAAGUAACCCCAUUUCGGAGUAAUUUUAACUCCAGACUGGGAGUAAAAAGAACUCUUUUUCAGGAGUAAAAAUGACCCCAAAUUCGGAGUUAAAUUAGGAGUUAAAAUAACCCCAAAAAUGGGGUUAUCCUGUACCUAAAAUUUUUACUCCAUUUUUGGAGUUAUAAUAACUCCCUAAAAAUUACGGUACAAGAGAGCGACAACGACACUGAAAAUGACAGUUAGGAAACAGAAAGUAGUAGCCCUGAAACGUCCACCGCCUUUCACUCUAAAAGUCCCUGUGAACAUUGUGAGAACUCUAAUGUGUACUGGACAUUGAUCAUGAAAUGUCCUAAAUGCUUUUGGUACGAUUACUACAAGAUUUGUCCUAUAUGCGGUCACCAGAUUGCCGAGGGGACAAAUUACAUGAAAGAGGGCUUUCGUCGGUUUCACGAUUGUGGAGCAGUUACACACAAAAGACGCGAAGACGUUGGAAACCAAUUUCUAUUCCCCUUCUAAAGAGGAGAACGAAGAUGAAGAUUAAUUAAUUUCCAUUCCUUACAAAUCGCUGUGUAUUUGACUGUUUUUGUCAUUGUUUUUAAUAAAGUUUUUAAAACGGUAUCUCUCUUGUGGUUUUAUUGCUAGCAAUUAUUAGUCGCGUGUUUUAAUUGAUCCUUAUUUAAAAUUGUUUAUAUAAUAAUACGUCCAGGUGCUCCCUUGGGUUUUUCCUGUAUAGCUAAUUUGUAUUCAACUUUAAGCUUGCAAACUCGCAUAAUUAACUGACUAACGGCGUGAAACGCUGAGACUUUUUCCUCGAGAUAGAAAGCAGAAAACGGUUCUGUAUUGGUCGGACAAAAUUGAAAUAGAGAGUGUUCAGCUCCACAUUGUGUAUAUGUGUGUUUGUUUUGUUUAUAUGUCCGAGUUUUAGAGCUAUGCAUAUUAGUAAAGGGAAGGCAUACAGAAGUCAGGGGAAGGCACCAACGGGGAUAAUUUUCAACAUAGAAGACUACUAUCCUCUUUUGCCGCCAAAAAGCCCGCGCUUUUCGCUACUAGUGGUAGCUUAACCAAUCAGAACGCAGCAUUGAUAUUAGACCACUAGUUGGAUUUCACUACUAAGGUAAACUCUUUUAAAGGAUCGUAACCCCCUUCCUCAGAUUUUACUACUCAUUACUGGGUUCUGGGUUCGUAUUUGAGAGUGGGAGAUCCCCAGACAUUUAUAAGGUCAACCGUUAAACUCUCUGAGAGAAAGGUCCACCUUAAAAACAAGAAUGAGUUUUGUCCUUCAAUUGUAAUGAAGUUGCUACAGGAAUAGGAGGAAAAAUUGAGGUAAAGAAACUUGUAUGGGUAGAUGAUUUCAUUGUCAUCGCCCUAUUUCAUUUUUGAGUUGGCUGCUUGAAGUUUGACAGAACAUUUUAACUACUUCAGGGUGUCUGUAAAUUGCAAAACUUAGUCCCUUUUCCAAGAUCCCUCUUCUCUCUUCCACGUUAAUUUCUUCCACCUCUAGGCAACCGUAAUCUUUAAAACAAAUAUUACCUCUUUGGCGUUAGUUCUACUUUACCCAGGUGAUGUGUUGAGGUUUCUUCAAUUUCAAAAUGUUUUAAUACCUCGGAAAAUUCAAGACUAAAAUUAUUAAUUUUUUGUGCAAUUAUUUGCAUGUCUUCAAAUGAUUUAUCGGCUAUCCCUUUACUUAUCUUUAAUGCAUAUUUCAACAGGUUUUGCCGACCAAUUUGACAAGUACUCCUAUAAAACAAUUGACAUGAACGUUGGCAAAAAUUAUGAUUUUCUGUCCAUCAUGCACUACGACCGAAGAGCCUUCACAAAGAAUGGAAAGGAAACCAUCGUACGCAUAGACAACCAAGCCCAGGAAUUUGGAAUGCCUGAUCUUAAGUCAUUGAGCCCAAUGGAUAUCUUGGAACUCAAUGCCUUGUAUGAUUGCAAAAGUAUGUGCCUUUUAUUUUUACCUAUUUUCGGUGACUGUAAUUCGGUGAAACGCGCGUGUGUAACUGGCGGAAUAAUUUUUGCGCGUCUGGGAGCGGAGUGUUGGCGGCGAAGCCGCUGCCAUUGUCGCGGCUUUGCUCUGAGAAGCGAACGCCGUUUAGAGUCUCCCCCCAUUUUCCGCACUGCUUCGCAGCUCCUCUGCCAAGACUUUGCUUCCGCUAACGAUCCCGCCGGCUACAUACGCAGCUAUGUUAAACCAACGAGUGUGAUUAACAGAAACGUCCCCAUGUUAAAUACCUUGAAUUGACAAAACAAAGUGGAACAAAUUUGAAAGAAAAGAGGACUGCUGUUUUUUUUUUCUUUUUUUAACUCCCCAGUACAUCCUCCUCUUAACUUUUGUGCACGUACAACUUUUUGUCAAAUUAGGGAAGCAAGGGUGGCAUUAGUAUUCACCUCCCACCAAUGUGGCCCGGGUUCAUAUGUGGGUUGUCUCUUGCGUCAAGAUUUUUUUUUGUUUGUUUGUUUGUUUUUUUUUUGUUGUUGUUGUGAUUCUCCAGUUUUCCUCUCUCCUUAAGACACGGCCUGAGAGGCAGAAGGAAAAUCACAUAAGAAUAAAUAACACAAAAAAAGUCUUGGAGGUGUAAUUUAAAAGAGAGUUUUUAUUGUUAGCUGUAUAGAAUCGAAUUGAACAAAUAAAUUAUUACUACUGAUAGAUAGGUCCGCAAUGAACUGCUGCCUUUCAGCAACGAGGUGACACCAUUCAAAAUAUUAAUUAUUUUUGAAUGGAAGACAUAGCUUAAGACUCCCGGCCACAACCACUUAGUCUAUCUUUGUCCCAUUGAAGUGACACAAACCAAUGUUUCAUACGCAGCGAAGUAUAAAGGGUGGACUCAGUGGUCAGUCUUUAGUCCUUGUAACGAAGUUUGCAAAAAAGAAAGGCAACGAUACUGCUACAACUCAGGAAAUCGUAAGGCAUGUGGUGGUAAAGUCAAUGCCUAUGGCGUCGAGACGCAAGUCGUAAAAUGUGGCAAGUCUGAAUGUCCAGGUGAGCGGUAAUUCCUCGUCAGUUGAGCUGUUGUUAUUAACAGUGGCCGAUCUAGGAAAGGGGCUGAGGCCUGAAGGGCCGACAAAAAGUUUUUGGAGACUGCCCCCCCCCCCUCCCCCCUUCAUCUCAGGGUCUGGAUGACCGCCCUCCCCCCACCUUAUCUCAAGGUCUAGAUCCGGCACUGAUUCUUAAAUGUUUCUCUUUGUCACUCCACGUAAGAUGACCCCAAAACUGUCUGGGAUUCUGGAUUCAACGCUGUGGGAUAUGGGCUCCAGGCACUGGAUUCCGGAUUCCUUUUCAGUGGAACUUGGGGUCCUGUUUCCAAUAGUUAUCGGGAUUCCGGGUUCAUUGAGCUGAACCACAGAUUCCAAAGCCAGGAAUGUUGGAUUCCACUAGCAGAAGUUUCUCGGAUUCCGGAGAAACUCUUAUAACCUUACAUGGGGCAUACUCACGAAGUGGUGAUGAAAAUGGUUGCUGGUCACCAUACGGUGCGCUUUAUGCGUUUGAAAAAUGUUAAAGGAUGCAAACAGCACCACAUUAUAUGUUGUUGCUGUUUGUUUGUUUGUUUAUUUAUUUUUUUUUGUCAUUAACAGCUAAAGUGGAUGGUCACUGGGGUCGUUGGUCGGAAUGGUCUAAGUGUGACGCAUCUUGUGAUGACGGCAUUAAAAAAAGAACCCGGAUGUGUAAUAAUCCUGAACGAAAGCAUGGCGGGAAGUAUUGUCCAGGGAUUGGUAGUGAAGAAGUGGUAUGCACAACUAGAAGAUGUAAUCUUGGUGAGGUUUUGAUUAGUCUCUCUAUAUAUUUUUCAAAUUUGAAUAAAAAAAAUGUAUGUAUACAUUCGAAAGUGACAGAGUAUAUAUAAUUACUGCUCCAUCCGAUGUAUUUAAUUUAUUACUAUAAAUAUUACGAAUAUUGAAUGGGAAUAUAUGAAAAGGAUCAUAUUUUGAACUGCUGAUAAAGGUUUGAAAGUGAACAUGAUCCUCGCAAGCGGUUGAAAAAGAACCUGAAAAAUUUCAGGCUUGACCGGGAAUCGAACCCUUACCGGACGCAACGUUCUAUUUAUAAUCAAGCCAACUGGAGAGCAGGCCAGGUUCAAGUUCUAUUGUCUUAAUAAUAUCCAGUACAUUUUUAUAAUUAUUGUCAGUAUGGCUUUCUACUCCAUAUUUGUUAUCGUGAUCGUUAUCACUACAGUUAUCUUUUUUGUUUCUGUUAAUUGAUUUCCUGAUUAUCGAUAGCCUUGUUAUAUUCGUCCCAGUUAUUAUAUAAACUGUUGUGAUCGACUGGCCCGAUUAAUUCUCCCUGAAUUGUACUCUACGCAGUCCUAUGACCAUUAUUGAUCAUGAGCUUUAUGUCAGUUGUUAUUAUUAUCAUCAUAACUGUUAUCUUUGCAUUAUCCUCGCCAUUGUCGUUAAGGGAAAGUUUUAUCAUAAUUGUUAGUGUUAUCGUUGUCGUUAUCAUUAUCGCUAUAUUUAUUACUUACCAUAACAGGAUACAAAGACACUGACUUUGAAACAGGUAUGGGUAUGUGGAAAAACAUUGGACAAAUACAAUGGCUGCGACACAAAGGACCAACCAAGACAAUAAACACUGGGCCAUUUAGAGAUCACACAACCAACAAAGGUUUGGUACUUUUCAUAUAAAUAGUCGACAUCUAAAUGUUGCUGUUUAUCAAAGAAAAUAUUAAUGUUGAAUACGGCUUAAGCAAACAAUAAAUUAAUAAUUAUAGAAUACUAAAUUAUUAUUUUAUUGCUCCUCUUGAAAUGAAACUGUUAAGUAAAAUUUACGGGAAAAAGUUUCUUUUUGUUUUUUUUUUCGGGCCAUUCUCCAGCUUCGAUAUUUGUAAGUUACGUAAGGAAAGGCAGCUAGUUAAAGCGGUCUCUUAAAUGCCAAUGAGGCAGGAUUAUGAAAGUCUCAAGAAGUAUUCAACUUUUAGUGACAUCACAACCGAGUUACCUACAAUCUUGGACAAAAUAAAUGGAAAACCCAGACCCUCCCUUCCCCCAAAAUCAAAAAUGGGAAAUUGCUCGUUUUUGCCCUUUUCGCGGUUUCAUCCUUGAUUUGGGGGGAACGGAGUUUGCUAUUCCAUUUUAUUCUGUCCAAGAUUGUAGCUACGAGACGUUUUUCGCCUAUUGAAAAAUUAACGAACUAGUUAUUGGCCGCCACGUCAGCCCUUGUGCCUUUAACUGACUUUUGGCAGUGACUUUUAAGAGGUCGUGAUUUGUGUAACUCUAGCAGACUGGCAGUGCACAUAGGUAUAUUUUGUACACGCUGCUACUUCUUUCCACUUUUUUUUUCUUUUGAUUGAAGAAAAAACAAACAAACAAAAUAAAAACUGACCUAUUGACAUUCUCCAAAGACCAUAGACAUGUUUGUAUAUUUCGUGAAAGAGUGGAACACUGCCACAUUGAAAUGUAGGAUUCAAAUUCCGUCUCUUUAGUUUACAGUAGCCUCAUGAUGUUUGUAUAGUGUUCCCUAUUUGUAGCUAGGUCCUGUUGGUCAGCUAGAAGGUCAGAAAUCGGGCAUACACUGCAUACAAUAAAACCUUUUGUAUGAAUGAUUGAUUGAUUACUUGGUCGGUUGAUCGAUUGAUAGACUGAAUAAUUGAAUAGUGGCUCGCUUACAGGUAUUUAUAUGCUGUGCUCUGUGUCGUGUCCUUUACAAAAAACCUUUAACUUGAUUAUGCCAGACUUAAGCACGAAAAAAAAGCCUUGCAAAUAGGAAAAAUUACAAGAUGGCGACUUUUGACUACAACUACCAGAAUUCAUUUCGUUCUUGCUUUCUUAUUUAAAUUUGUCAAUCUCUCUGAGGUUUAGUUAACUAUCGCUCGAAUUUGCACAAGGAAACAACAAACUGAAGGAUUUUGGUAGUUGUAAAAUAACGUCAUCGUGCAAUUGUCCUAUUGGAUUCCCAUUUGAGUCGUGCUUCCUAGCCAGCAGUUAAGAGGGAUGCAAAGUUCUGACCUGACCAUUUGCCCAUAGAAGGUAUACGAACUUAGGAGCUUCUUUUCUAUCAAGAAUGGUACAUAAAAAGGGUAAGGGGUUGGACUUCGGGGCGGAGCCUUUCCGUAUAUAAAACUUUGUUAACUACACUAAUGAAGAUUUUCGUUCUCGGACAGGCUACUAUCUGUAUAUGGAGUCAUCAAACCCUUCACGUGCUGUGGCUGUUAUUGAAAGCCAGCCGUGGUUAACAGCUCCUGAAGGAGGACAAUGCAUGAAGUUCUUUUACAACAUGUAUGGGAAAACAAUGGGCUCACUAAAAGUGGCCAUACAGAAACAAGGGGAAUAUGCUAAAGUAGUUUUUGCCAAAUAUGGUAAUCAAGGAAUGAAGUGGAUUGCAGCCAGAGUGGAUUUAGACAUUCCUCAAGGAAAGAAGUACAAGGUAACUAUUUGAAAUGAGACUUAUAAAAACUGGGGUUUCAAUAAAAAUUAAAGUAACCAGCAGGUUUGAAAAGAGUAACCGACUGUAUCAACAAGGGUCGUUUAUAUCCUCUUUUUCUAUGGGGAUUGGGGACGUGCUUCCCCAGACAAUUUUACCAUAAAAAGUCUUUAAAAGCGAUUUCCAGAGUUCUUGGGAGUAUCGAGAGUACAAAAGACCGACUUUUUCCAUUCUAGAAAAUGUAGCUUUCAUUCAUAGAAUUGUCAUUAUAUUUUUUUUUAAAGAUUAAAAUUAUUGCCCAGAUUGGGAAGAAAGGCUACUCCGACAUCGCUAUUGAUGAUGUAUACAUCGACUCAGGACUUUGUUGUAAGUAUAACACAGAUAGACUUUCAAGGCUCUUCUUAGUUGGUGGUUGACGUGUGUGGUUGAUAACGUCACAACGUUGUCGGUUGUUGAUCAAUUAACUCUGUCACACAGAUGGGAAUUUAUCCCCAACGGUAAGCACUCUCACUGGUUACUUUGAGGUCACAUGUCACCAAACAAUGAAACUGUUUCCCGCCAUAAUCUCUGAGUGGGCAACAUUGCAGAAUUCUAUGACGUCAGGGGGAAACAAUGCGCUGUUUCCCGCGAACGUUGACCGACGACCGCCGUUACAGGGAAUUUAAAUGAAUUUCCAGCUUCAAAAUUUCCAGCUAUAUGAAAAAAUCAACGAAACUUCGCCUCGGAAAACACUGAGAUUCUCGGGAAACAAAAUUAACUGUUUCCCUCGGGACCAGUCAUUAAGUGUUUAAUGUUAUUGGUUGUCAAAAACUAUUUAAUGCGACUAUCUGUCACUGUAUAGAGAGGAGAAGUCGUUACGUCACGUUGCAAUGGUAGCAUAAUUUCUGAAAAACGUCACUUAAAAAGUGAGUUUGCACUAUUAACUUCAUCGAUCUUAUUCAAUUUCAUUUAAUUUGUAAAAUUUAGGAAAAAAUGUCUGGGGUUGAAUCCGAAAGGACCGUAUAUGAAAAAAAAGAAAAUUAUUGUGCAGUGUUCACCAAGUCCAUAAAGCGGGCGCGUGAAAUUAGGAAGUUUCAAGUCGCAGACUUGAAACUUACUAAAGGACGGCUAAAACAAAUUGCUAACAAACAGCUAAGAAAUGUACAAAAAAACGUGAUGCGCGUGCAAAGUUGUUGUUUUGCUAUUUUGCGGUUCUCCUUGCCGUCGCCGUCGUUGUUGCUUAAGCUCCCCAUUGUUGUGAUCCGGAAAUGUUGCUACCAUGGUAACGUGACGUCACACUUCUCCUCUCUAUUGUUAGCUGACAAGUCUGUCUGCCUGUCUGGUUUUUUUUGUUUUGUUUUUGUUUUUGUUUUUUUUUUCAGUCCCUUGCUGUUAGUUCGCUCAUACGGCUUAUUGUCGUCGAUAAGGUGUUCGCAAUGUCCAGUAACUGCUUGCUUCAAUACAUUGGCUUACUUUCCUGACAUUAUUUUCAACUGAAAAUUCAUUUCGUUUUUGGGCCAGAUUGAGCGAGAUAGCAAGUGUUUUAGUUAUAUUCAUCAAGCUCAGAAUACUUUUUUGUUGUUUAUUUAGUUGUUUGUUUUCGUGUUAAGUUUGUCAGGACGACUACGUAUCCUGCUCCAAAUGGAAGGCUGCAGGGCAUUGCAAGACAAACCCCAAGUUCAUGCGUCAACAUUGUGCAAGAAGCUGUGAAACAUGUGGUAAGAUGAACCAGCAGAUACCGGGCCUCGUCGCAUAAAUCUUAAAUUCAAACGUAAAUGCUAAUAUCUGACGUUCCUACCCCAGGCUAAGUUAGACUAAGCUUAGCCUAUGGUCGAACCUAAUCUGCCCAUUAUUUACAUAUCAUUCUUUCCCGAUCGAGAGGGGAUACAACAUUUAUUUGCAAGGUCGCAUAAACAUGAAAAAAUGCCCUUUACUUAUUGGCCUAGAAUAACCGUGAAAAUUCCCUCUCUUCUCAAAAAGAAGCAAGGAGCGUGAUGGCAGCUUAAGUUGAACUUUGUAUUUAACGCCAAACAUUAAGAAGUUAUGUUUUAUGUAACUCAAUUCCGGUCGGUAGCUAAAAACCAACGUGAAAACUUCAACAAGUUCUGAUCAUGAUCGUUUGAGUAAAUGUUCUUUUCUUUGGAAGAAUCUUGCUUCAGUAGAAUGAAAAAGUUCUCAUAUACCAUAUUUAUUCGAUUAACCGCGCGCCCUGGUCGCUUGUUAAAUUUUUGGACCUUGACGGUGGGCGGUUAUUUAAUAGAGGUGGGCGCUUAUUCGAGACUUGGCGCUUAUUAAAUAUUCACCAUUAUCAGCAAGUGUAGUAAAUGGUUUAUUUUGCAACAAAACAGUAAAUGCAACGCGAAGAAGCAAAAAAGCAAGGUUUCUGUAAAUACUCUGAAGAAAACUCCGUCUUCGGAGAAGUCUCUUUUUGGUACUAAUAUUCACUUCAAUCUCAAUCUCAUUGUCACUCAAGUGGGUGGGGUGGGGUUGGACGCUAAUUAACUUUUUCCGCCUUUGGGAUGGGCGCUAAUUCGAGACUGGGCACUAAUUCGAGGUUGUGCGCUUAUUCGAAUAAAUACGGCAGUCCAUUCGUUUCUUUUCAGUUUCGUGACUGUUGUUUUCCCCAAAUAUUUUUGACAUUGAAAAAAGAUCAGUUGAUGGCAGUAGACCAUAUAGAGACGAGAACUUUAAGUUUUCAGAGUCAGCUAGUUUCAAUUUAAACUUAUUCUUUUUAUUUAUGCCUUAACAACAGAAUGUAAAGACAACAAUCAAAACUGUCCAGCUUGGGCUGCUCAGCCAAAUGGAUGUAAAAAAAAUCUUGACUACAUGCGUACUUCGUGCAAGAAGAGCUGUAACGUUUGUCGUAAGUACCAUUCUUCUCCUUCUUUUCCUCUCCAGUGUGCUCUGUUGUCGUUGUUGUUGUUGUUGUUGUUUUUUUUCACUUUCUUCUUCUCUGUUUUGCAAUUUUUUUUUUCGUAUGUCUGCCCAGGUGUUAAAAAAUACCCUCAAUUAACGGAUGAAUUAACGGAUUAUAAUAUUAUUGUUUUUCUUUUCAAAACCACCCAAAGGGUCCAGAGGUGAGUGAAUAAGCCACGGUAUUUUCACUUUCCUAAUCCCUACCAAAAAUCAGCUGUCGACUAACUGUGGGUUCUUUCUUAUAUACUUCUCCGGCAGUAACAAUAAGAUACCAUUGACAUAAGCUAUAACAUGUUAACUGAGAACAACAACAACAACAACAACAACAAAUUUUAUUGUACCCAAAGCAGAAUAUUAUAGUUAUUUACAAGUUGUUAAAUUAAUCAAUUAACUAAAAAGGGUACUGACUUCUUGAAAAAAAACUAAUAAGUUAAAAAUGCCAAGAAGCCAGAUUCAGUAAGAUAAUUUAGAUAAGUUUAUUGUGCGGGAUACAAUAUGGCAGCAUAUCAUACUGUAUACACACAAACACACGGAUAUACACUCGUCACAUACUCAUAUACAACAUAAACAUACAGCACCGUAGUUGUCAACUUUGAUGAUGUUGCCGGCUUUCAUAACCAGUCUCCUCCACUGGCUAUUUUCUGACAAAAUCGUCCGUACGUACCUCCGCCCCUUCAUGUUAGCGGAUGUAAAAUGUCUUAAGUACUAGCAAUGUUGGGCUUCCAUGUAAUGAUCAAUGGACAACUGUCAAAAAAAGUAUCCGCAGACCAGUGCCACGUUACUGUAUCGCAGACUAGGGUGUACAACUCAUUGAGGUGACAUGUUUUUUUAAAGUUCUCCACUGACCAGUUAUGGUAUUGGCUCAGAAAACUUUACUUCAGAAAGAUAUUUCUUAAAAGUUCCCACGAGAGCGUCGCUUUUGGCCAUGGAUAAAUCUGAACAUAAGGCAUGUGUGAAGUUCAAGGCUGAAGGAACUGGAUUGACCUAGCGGGCUAACACGGCGUGUUUCAUGGACAGCCCAAAUUAGCUAAAAAUAAAUUUGAAAAACAGUAAAAGCCCAAACAACAUUCAACUUUACCCGUCAUCUAUGAUCUGUCAAUCGUUGCUAACAUUAUUGAAUAAGCCGGAACAAGUAUGAAUCAGUGGUAACAAAGCUUUGCAGGAAAAGAACGAAUGAGUCACUAAUCUAGCACUAUUUUCGCACAGGUGAGAGUAUAAGGAAUUCAUUUAACUUUCUAAUUAGAAUCGUUCUUUACAAGGUAACACCGCACCAACCAUAUGUAAGGAUAACGACGAGACUCAAUGUCCAGCUUGGGCUAAGCUGGGAUACUGUUCAAAGAAUCCAUUGUAUAUGGCCAAAAACUGUGCUUUGAGCUGUGGCAAAUGUGGUAAGACUCCCUUUGUAAUGAAAGCUUUAUUUUUUAAAAAUGUAACGAAAUAAAAGAAAUGCGAAGCAAUUCAUUCGUUGAUUUUCAAAUUUGAAAAUAUACUAGUCGCUCAGCUUUGCAGUAGUCUAUGGACAUCUCAUAUUUUAGAAUUAAAAACUAUCUCAUUAUUUUUCUUUUAAAAUCAUCGUGUUUGUCUUUUAGGUCUCAUCGAUCGAAAUUGUUGUAAAAGCAAAUACAUACAGGGUAGCUCUUUAGGUAGCUUUCUUGCGAUAAUAUUUUUUUAGGGAAGUAAGAAUUAAAGAUGAAUAAUAGGAUAAAUUCAACAAUCGUGAGUUACGGUUACCUUUGUCUACGCCUGCCCAGUAAAUUCUAAACCAAACUAUUUUAUCUUAAAAGUCUGCCAGGAUAAGAAUCCAAGAUGCCCAGAGUGGGCUCAGAAGCAAGAGUGCUUAAAAAACAAGAAGUGGAUGUUCGACCACUGCGUCAGAAGUUGCCAUGUCUGUGGUGAGUAGUAGAGACCCAGUAGCGUAUCUAGGGUAGGGACUCGGGCGAGGCUUGAGGCCCUAACCUUAUUUUUAGGCCAAACUGAAGCCCAAAAGGCCGAACAAAAUAUUUGAGGUCGGGCCUUUCUCUUAUCUAAGAAACUGUUCAUUAAACCUCCCAAUGAAUGAAUGUGUUGUUUUAGUUGUCAAUUUCCUUUACUUGUUUUUCUUUGCUGACUUAAUACUAUUUUGUUUGAUCAAAAAGUAACGAAAAAUUGAUCAAUUUUUUUCUUGAGUUGAACUGCAGAUAAAUGAUAGUGAAACAGACUUUACUCUCUCCGUCGUUUUGUUGCCUAUAUAUUUUGAUCAUUUGCACAUGCACUAUCACUAUGUAUUCUUCCAACAAAACUAAGAAUCAAAUCCCUUUAAAGGUUUACACGAUCUACCAUUGGUAAUUAGCACUUUUGAGCGGAUAAGGUCCAUUUGAUAUUCUUCUAAACCUCCAAUGGUAAAAAUACUUUUAGAGCACAGAUCUCAAGGGCAAAUUUCUACAAUUUUUAUUUUUAUUUUUUAUUUAUACACUUUUUGUUUCACUUUUUAAGCCUGUGGAGAUAACCAUUUCAAAUGUGGAGUGUGGGCAAAGUUAGGGGAAUGCGACAAGAACAAACAAUUUAUGGAGGAACAGUGCAAAAAGAGUUGUAAAAAGUGCUAACUAUCUAGCUUAUGCUUGCCUCAUUGAACCUCUUAGAAUAUUCAAGUGCAAUUUGAUGGAAGUAUUUAGGAUAUGACGUGAAUGAUCCGUUGUGAUAAACCUACAGAAGAGUAUAGAUAAGAAAUGAAAACCAGAAGUAGUUAUAAAACAACAGAAUGAUGUAUUAAAGCACCCUUCUUUUCCAUAAUAGGUUGUUAAAAAGUGUAUUUUCAGAG